AUGGCCAAGGAGCUGAGCCAAGCGGAGCUCUUGGACUUCCUCUGCCAGGCCGGGGGGCGAGUGGCCAACGCCGACUUGCUGGGCCACUUCAGGGGCUUCUUGCGGGACCCCGAGGCCGGCCCGGCUCAGCUGCAGCUCCGCCGGGAGCGUUUCAAGGGCUUCGUCAACUCCGUGGCCACCGUGAGGCAGGAGGGGCCGGACGCCGCCAAGUACGUGGUGCUCAGGAAGCGCUACCGGGAACUGGUCGGAGAGGAGCUCAAGCCACCGGCCGAAGCCAGCGCGAGCCCAGCCGCCAAGCCGCCGCCCGAAGUUCAAGUCGGCCGGGCGCCGCAGGGCCAGCCCGGCUCGGAGCGCGCGCCCAGGGCGCACGGCUGCGGGUCCCGCGGGGAGUCGGCCCGGCCCCAGGUGGAAGAGGCGCGCACCUGCAGAGGCUCGGCCCGCGAGCGGCGAGCUUGCCCGGGGCCCCGCGGGCGCCUCCCCGGGGGUCUCGGAGGGCGAUCGGGGGCGCCGCCGCCUCCCAGCCCCACUCUACGCGGCCGGGGGCGCCCCUCGGAGCGAUGCGCCCUGCUUGGAGCGGAAGAGCGUCGCCGGAGGGGUCUUUGGCAGGCUCCCCCCGGGGAUCCGCUGUCCAACGCGGGAGGGGCGCUGAUGUCCAACGGCCCCUGCUUACCUGUCGGGGCAAUGGGCGCGCCUCCAAGCGGCAGCAGCCCCCAGCAAAGAAUCCGCGAUUGGGUAGUUACCCACCAUUCCGCCCCGCUCCCCGCGCGCAGCGAGGAAGGGCCCUGGCCGGCCCAGGACUCGCCCUCUAGCGGGCCACGGAGCAUCAGCCCCUGCCCCGCGGUGGCUUUGGAGGAUUCCGAGCCUGGGCAACUGCUGGGGCCAAGUGCCGCCUGGCAGGAGCCCGUGCCGGUCUUCCGCAGCAUCCGAUGCCAGCUCUCCCUGCAGGACCUGGAGGAUUUCAUUGAGCAGGAGAGCUCGGCCAGCGAAGACGGCAGCAGCACCAGCGGGGGGAGCGAGUCCUAUCGCCUGGAAGGGGAGGUCGGCACCCUUCACCGCCUGCCUGGGAGGCAGAAUGGCCAGAGCAGGACCUCAACCAGGGAUACCUGGACCAGGCCAGAGAGACUCUGCCCCAAACCCUCCACCAGUGGGCUGGAUGCGUCACGUGGUGCUGAGAGUGGAGCCCAGCUGAAUGGCGCCAUCCCGACUCACCUCAACUUGCUCAGCCGGGUAAUUGGAAGAGCCUCCAAGAGGCCAAGCAAGGAUCUACCUAAGCCCAGGCAGGUGUCCAGCUUGCCUCCCCCAAAUCUGGAUGCCCCCUUAAGUCCCCGGCUGGUCCCACGGCAAAGACACUGGGCAAGUACCCCUGAUGUGGCAGGGUCGGACGCAGAGGGGUCGACUGAACAACGUUCCUCCUUGGUGCCCCUGGAGCCGCGAGAGCACGCCUGGCUGGUGAAAGUGGCCACGGGCUCAUGGAUGCAGGCCCGGGCACUGUUGCUCGAAGACCCUCAACUUGCCAUCCGCAAGGACUUCAUCUCUGGCUACACCGUCCUCCACUGGCUGGCCAGGCAUGGGAACGCUCAGGUGAUGCAGGACUUCGUUGCCGGUGCCCAGAAAGCCGGGGUCACCCUGGACGUCAAUGCCAAGUCCGGCUGUGGUUACACCCCACUGCACCUGGCCGCCAUGCACGGGCACCAGCCGGUCAUCAAACUACUGGUGCAGAAACUGCAGGGCCGCAUCCAAAUCAGGGACAGCAGUGGCAAGAGGCCAUGGCAGUACCUGAGCAGUGCCACCUCGGGGGAGGUGUGGCAGCUCUUGGGGGCACCCAGGGGCAAAACCAUCUUCCCAGCCCACCCAAUUGUCACCAGAAACUCCUCGUCUCCCACCAGAAAAGGCAAGAGUCCCGAACUGGCUAGGAAAAUUAGCCGGAAAACGUCUUUGGCAGCCUACUUGAAACCUCAACACAUUAAAUGGAAAAUGGCAAACAGGUGCCCACCAUUACAGGAGAGGGAGGAAUACAGUGACUAAGAAGGGUGAUGGAUUGGGAUUCCAGAGGGCUUUGUUGACUCAGCCUGUCUCCAGAUUAAAUGGUCGUAUUUGGUGAGGGACUAGAGGAGAAAGAAGACUUUAUUCACAUUGAGCUGGGGUAUUUCUCCUCAUUUAUUUAUUUUAACUGAGGGGACGAUGACGGACCCAUGCACUUUAACCCUAGACAGAUGCUUUUAUCGUGGUCGUUCAGAGCUAUCGGCUCAUCUCAGGCCUCCUGGUGCUUGCACUUUAGCUGUUUUUGGGUCCCAUUGCGGAGAAGGUACCUGCUAAUCCUCUCCUGUAGUGAUCUCCAGGAUAAGGCUUGGAAAAAUCCAUCCUUUUGCCCUGCCUGGUGUUGCUGAGGGCAAAAUUGGCCCCUUUGGAG